GAUUUAUUACAUUAAAAGUACAAAGAUAGUUCAUCUGUAAACUAAUAUAUUGCGUUUUAGUUAUUGAUUUAAGAAAAAAAAAAAUUAAGAAAAGUGAGAUAGAUGCUGGCAGUGAAGAAAGCUUGGAAGGAAAGCACUUUCAAACCUCUGCCAUUACUUGGAUUAGAAUCAAAGUCAGGAUACCCCCAAAUGUUACAAACUCCUAAGACCUUCUAUAAGAAAGAGAGAGAAAAGGAGAGAGAGCUAACGUUCACGACAAACUUGAUGGGUAAAAAUUUCAAAUGUCAUUUUGAUUAUUAGUGCCAUGGACUAUACUUCCCACCUCACCCAACUUGGAAAGAACCCUCCCAACCAGAAAAGAAAAAAGAACAUACUCCUUUCUCUUAUCUGGAAAAGAAGCCUGGCUAAACAUGAUCUGAAGACAUUAACAUUUUCCUCCUAGUUGAAACAAGUUUGGGGAUCAAACCUUUGUUUCAGGACAGACAUGGCAAAGAGAUCAGAUUUUGCACAGAAGCUGUUAGAUGAUCUACGACUGCGAAAGGAACGGCUAGCUGCAUCUCAGAGCUCAAACAGGACAAACCCCAAGGUUGCAGAUGCAUAUACAUACUCCAAGAGGACUUACAAAGGAUUGAAGGAAAUAAAAACACCUGAUAUGACUGCUAAUCAAAAUGGGAAAACUAAAACCAACUUCAGUGGAGGUAAUAACAAUGCAGAAGUGUCAAAUCAGCUGAUUCCUUUUGAGCAAGGCCAGAGUUCAAACAAGUUUAGAGAUCUUUCAAUGGCUCUGGCAUUUGCCUUCGAGAAUGAAGCAAAACUCACAAGAAUAGCAUCCUCAGGCACUAAUUCAAUGUUAAGUUUCCUCCAUCAGUUUGGUAGGAGAUCAAUGGACUACGGAAAUAUGGAUAGUAGUAUAGAUAGGUAUCAGCUUUCAAACAGCAGCUUCCCAGCAAUGUCUUAUCUGCAGCUAAGAGAAAUAUCGAAGGGGGCACAAAAAUUAUAUCAGAUCUUGAGAGCCUGCUCUGGUGGUCUUAACUUUGAUAGGUAUUCAAUAGAAAUUGGAAAGGAACUGUUGAAAGGUGCCAUGGAUUUGGAAGAUUCUUUACGGAUGCUUGUAAGCCUGCAAGAAGCAUCAGACUACUUGACCAGCCCACAGAGAAAGAGUAGGAUCACAGUGCUUGAGAAUGAUGAAGAUGAUGAUACUAACACAGCUAAGAUAGCUGAACAAAAGAAAAUGGAUAGACCAAGAUUUUCCUUUGACAAGCUCUCAAAAAAAUAUCAUGAUGUCCAAGAAGUUGCAAGGACUGAUCUCAAGGCAAGGCUAGCAGCUCUUACUCUCCCAAACUCAAAUUCAAGUUCUCACAAGCGAUCAAUUAGUUAUGGCCCAAAUGUAAAAGUUCUUGCCACGUUCUCGGAAAGAACCAACAGUGCAUGUUCGCCAUUAUCAAAAGCAGAGAAACCAAGAAUUCCAAAUGUGAUUGCAAAACUUAUGGGUCUGGAUGAACUUCCUGAAAAUGUAGAUUCAAAGCACAACAAACAGAAAGACUCUACUUCCAAGCCGAAAAUGGAAGGGAUAGAUUCAAAAAGAACUGCAAAGUCAAGCAUCAAGAAGACUGAACAGAAGACGGAAGAUAUAGAGCAUAUAGCAUUUUCAACAGUUAAACAGAAGGCAAUACAAGCCAGCAAGACUUCAGCAAGUCGAGAAGGCAGUAUGCUGCACACAGGAAACAACCUGCCUCCUAGAAAUGUCACUACUGAGGUGGCAAUCCAUAAUGAAGCACUAGGUUGGAAGGACUUUGAACAUAUGAAGCAAGUGACAGGUUCGCCACAAAAGUCCAUCAGAAUAGAGAGGCAAGACGGCACCAUGAUAAAUGUGAAUGAUGACACUGGAAACCAAAAAGAUCUUCAUGGAAAAGAAAGCAAACAUGAUACUACAAAGCACAGGGAGAAAAGAGGCAUAGAAAAAGCUGAAGCCAAGGAACAGUUAUUUAAUAAUGAGACACACUCGAUAGCACCACAGAGGCGUAAAAGACAAACAUCUCAAGAAGAAUCAGAGUACGAUAAAGACACCUUUCAGAUAGAAAACAGAUACAAAAACAAGCUCAUGAUUACAAACCAAGGUAAAAUUCAAAACAAUCUUGGAUCCCAACAAUCACUCCUUGUUGAAAGAACUCAGUCUCAACAGACCAAUAGACAAGCAGAAGAGAGGAGUCAGACGAGUGUGAUACAGAAGUUGCAGGUAAAGAAACAAAAAAGAAGUGAUUUAAUCGUUCGUUUAUCAAAACCCAUCCAUGAUUCAGUUAAUGUGAAGAAGAAGCAGCUACAUGUGAAGCAAGCUGCUAUUAGCAGGAAAAGCUCUGUAGAAUUUAGUGAUUCACUUAAAUCCAAGGGAUCUCCUGAUGUGAGAAACCAAGAAACUUUUGUCAGGGAUGAACAGGCAACCAAUUCAAAUGUCAAACAGAAAGAUUCCACAAAGAAGAACACACACCAAUAUUCAUCUCUGAAAAAAAUAGAACCUGGGUUGGCACAAACUGAAACUAUGUCAUCUAUGAAAGAGAAACCUGUUCAUAUACAAGCUGUGAAGAAGAUAAAAGAAAAGGUGCACAAAACUGAGAUCCCUCAAAAAAUAAAUGAGGUGAUGACCAGGCGAAAUGAUGGUUUGGAGAACUUAACCAGGCCGUUGAAAUAUCAGAAUUUGAUUUUGCAAGUGAAACAGAGAAGGCAGGAAAAAAUUGAUGGUUCUGAAGAAGCUGAUAAAUGGAAAACCAACAGGUUGAAAGAAGCAGAAGUGUGCAACAUCAAGUCCCAUAAAUCAGAAGAAACCAUCCAACCUUCAACCAUGAUAAAACAACUUCGAAGAGGAAUGCCUGAAGAUCAAACUGUUAACAUCCCUAGAGAGGAUAAAUGCCAAAGCCUCAAAGAACUACCAACUCCAGCUUCAAUAGACAGUUGUCAAAAGGAAAUUCUAAUACCUACAAAUGAUCAGAAACUUCAAGAUUCAUCUUGCAGCAGAGAUCAAGAACUCAAAUCUCUUAAUAUUUCAUCUGAUGCACAAAUUGGAAGUGGGGAAGGCAGCCAAGAAAUUCUUCAUCUCUCACAGUUGGAGCAUCAGACGAUUUCUGAAUCAGAGAAACCAGAGCCACUAACAGAAAGUGAAGAGCAUCUCAAGCAGAUCCUGAUUACAAGCCAACUAUUCCUUAACACCGUAGAGGCACUAUUCAAACUGAACAUUCCUAUAGGCAUUCCACGUGCUGGUGAGCAUGAUUAUCAUGAUAAAGACAGCAAACUCAUAUUAGCCUGUGGGUAUGAAGUUGCGAAACGAAAGGGUAAACGACAAGAGCUAAGUGUUCAUCCUUUCAUGAAGCUAUCCAUUACUUUUGUGAAGGUAAUAUCCUUGGACGACUUGGUUAAGCAAUUACAUAAAGAGUUUGAGAAGUUGAAACUUUAUGGUAGGAAUGGUAAUCUUGAAUCUGUCAUUGAAGCCUACCUGCCUAAAAUGCUUGACAUUGAUGUUCAUGAUAUGGAGCCAGAUGUGAAUUGCAUGUGGGACUUGGGUUGGAACAAUAAGGUGUUUGCAUUCAUUGAGAAAGAUGAUGUUAUGAGAGAUGUUGAGAGGCAUAUCUUCAACGCGCUUCUAGAUGAGUUAGCCAAGGAUCUUUCAUGCAUAUAAGCAUUUUUCAUUUUAUUGAACAAGAACACUGCUGAAUCUACUAAGUUUCUAUGUUACAGGUUGUACAACCGAGGUAGUUGGGGAGUUUAACUGAGUUUCAAUGCUUGAUUAUUGGCUUCAUUGCUUUGUAAAGAUUUUGUCAUAAAAAUAUAAUUGUUUUUGCUUCUUUUUCCAACACUGCUUCUUUCUUUUGUAAAGUUCUUUCUGAUUCAAACAAGUGGAAAAACUGAAUUGUACUCCAAAAAAGAAACUAAAGACAUCUGCCAAUUCCAAACACGAUCCUCUACCGUCUGUACAAAAUGUAGCAAGUAGACUCAUCUGUAGAUAUGUAUUUAAACAACUCUGAACCUCACUCGAUAUAAUCUAAUUCCCACAUAUACCAAAAUUAUGAGAAUUGUGAGACAAAAACGGCCGAAAUCAUUUCCAAUCAAUAAUUGCCAAAGGCAUACCUGUUGA